ACAACCAGAUUAGUACAAAGACUUGUCAGCAACUCAACAGUCGAGUAGGAACACAGGUUGUAGCAGCUUAGGCAUCAGCAGUUUCCUCCCAUGAUGCAUGCCAUGAGCAAUCUUGUGGCAACGUCCAUGGCAGUAGGAUUACUCCUCGGUGCCAUCUCCCCAACAGUCAGGGCAGCUUCAGGCACUGCGACGGCGAACCGGAACACGACGGCGUCCGCGCUGCUGCCACCGUUCGGCACGAACCACACCGUCGGCGACGGUGCCGGGUGGUUGUUUGACACCAAGGCGAAUGCCUCGGCGGCCAACUACUCCGCCUGGGCAGCCAACCGCACCUUCUACCUCGGCGACUACCUCAGCUUCAAGACCCGCACGGAUAACACGGUCGUGCACACGACCAACGCUACGGUAUACAAGCUCUGCGGCUACGACGGUGGCGCCAUCGGUGGCGGGUGGAAGGCAGAGGAGGCCUUCUUGACAGUGAUGCUAGCCGCGGAGGGCGCAAACUACUUCUUCUCGGACGCCGGCGAAGGGGAGCACUGUCGGAGGGGGAUGCGGUUCGACGUCACCGUGGCGCGCGGCCGCGGCCUCCCACAAGUACCGCCGUCGUACUACGAGCCGCUGUCCGGCGGGACGGCAGGGACGGGGCUCGGCGAGGUGGUGCCCAUCUGGGUUGCGGUGAACGCUGCCUUUGCUGCUUUGCUGAUGCUGUGAAUGGUCUCCAUUGCCAUCAGCUGUUAAUCAGCAUUCAGCGAACACUUAGGAAAAUUGCAACUUCUCUAGCAACCUUGGUCUGUCUCUGUUUGUUCGCCUUUUCCCCUUUAUUCUACGCCCGCAAGUUUUAAGAUUAUUUCUGGGUUUGCUUGAAAGUUUUUAUAAAUCUUAUUACUUCCAUCCAGAUUUAUUA